GGAGCCGCGAGCGGCCCGGGACCCGCCGGGCGGCCGGAGACGCGGCGCGAGCCACAUGCGAGCGGGCGCCUGGCGGCCGCACAAACACGAUCGGCGGCGGCCACGACGCGGACGCGCCCGCGGCUCGAGCGGCGGCGGCGGCGGCGACAGCGACAGCAGCGGCCCCCGCGGUCCGAGCAGCAGCAGCAGCAGCAGCAGCAGCAGCAGCCGCCGCGGGGAGCGGCUCUUCUUCGCGGGCGCGCCCUCCUGGAAGCAGCCGCCCGCCCCCAUCGCCGCCCCCUCUGGCGUGUUCAUGCCCCCGGGGCCCACCGGGAGCACCAUGGCCCGAGCACGCCAGGAGGGCAGCUCCCCGGAGCCCGUAGAGGGCCUGGCCCGUGACGGCCCUCGUCCCUUCCCACUGAGCCGCCUUGUGCCCUCCGCUGUGUCCUGCGGCCUCUGUGAGCCCGGCCUGCCUCCUGCCCCUGCCACCCCCGCCCUGCUGCCAGCUGCCUACCUCUGUGCCCCCGCCGCCCUGCCCGCCGUCACUGCCGCCCUGGGGGCCCCCCGCUGGCCUGGGGGUCCCCGCAGCCGCCCCCGAGGCCCGCACCCCAACGGUCCUCAGCCCGCACUGUCGCCCGCGGAGCAGCACCUGGAGUCGCCGGUGCCCAGCGCGCCGGGGGCCCUGGCGGGCGGCCCCACCCAGGCGGCCCCGGGCGUCCGCGGGGAGGAGGAGCAGUGGGCCCGGGAGAUCGGGGCGCAGCUGCGGCGGAUGGCGGACGACCUGGACGCGCAGUACGAGCGGCGGAGGCUGGAGGCACAGCAGCGACACCGCCCCUCGCCGUGGAGGGUCCUGUACAACCUCCUCCUGGGACUGCUGCCCUUGCCCCGGGGCCGCGGGGCCCCCGAGAUGGAGCCCAACUAGGUGCCUGCACCCGCCUGGCAGACGUCGGGGACUUGGGGGGCAGGACCCUCCCGCACCCUGACGCCCUGGCCAGCACCGGGGACGUUUUCUGCACCAUGUAGCAUACCGGACUGCGAGCCCUGCCUGUCCCAGGGGCGGGCCGGGCAGCCACUCCAGACCCAGCCGCGGCCCAGCCUGGGUGCACUGUCGGAGACGCGGACUCCUGCGCCCCCGGCCGCGAAGCCAGGGGAGAGAGGGCUGAUGGACCGACUGCGCGUCCGACGGCGGCGGUGACCGAGGGGUGGGGACCGAGCCGCCCACCACCAUCUCAGGAAAGGCUGCUGGUGCUGGCUGCCCGUUCCAGCUGCAGGGUGACACUGGGGGGGGGGUGACCCCUCUCCCCAGUGCCCCUUCACUUUGGGCCUGGCCUCAGGCCCCCGGUGCUUCCCCCCCUCCUCCUGGGGAGGGGGCCCGUGAAGAACAAAUGAGCCAAACGUGACCACUAGCCUCCUGGAGCCAGAGAAUGGGGCGCGUCCGACGGCUGCCCCGGCCCAGCGCCCAGCCGUCUUCCCUGAGCCGGCCGGCGGGUGGUGGGCAUGCCUGCCUCACCUCCAUCGGGGGUGGCCGGGGGGCCCAGACUGUGAAUCCUGUGCUCUGCCCGCGCCCACCCCCUCCCCCAUCCAUCCAUUCAUAGGUUUAGAGAGCGCACGCGUGACCACUGGCAUUCAUUGGGGGGUGGGAUGUGUUGGCGGAAACCGCCCCAGCCUUAGUCCCCGGGGCGAAGCGCUGGGGGGCAGAGGGGAGUCAGGGAGGGGGAGUCUCAGCGGAGGGAGGAGUCUGGGAGCGGGGAGGGACGGCCCAGCCUGUAAAUUACUGUACAUGCACUGCUGUAGAUACCGGAAUGAAUUUUCUGUACAUGUUUGGUUAAUUUUUUUUGUACAUGAUUUUUGUAUGUUUCCUUUUCAAUAAAAUCAGAUUGGAACAGUG